AUGUCGUCCGCCCAGGAAAAGGCCCAGAACUACCUCAGCUCCUUGGACAAAGAGCUGUCCAAGUAUCCGACGCUCAACAACCUCGAGAAGUCGGUCGGCGUCCCCAAGGCAUAUGCCGUCAUCGGCCUCGGCGCCCUCUACUUCUUCCUCAUCAUCUUCAAUCUCGGUGGCCAGCUCUUGACCAAUUUCGCUGGCUUCGUUCUCCCCGGCUACUACUCGCUCAAUGCGCUCUUCACCACCAACAAGGACGAUGACACGCAGUGGUUGACUUACUGGGUUGUCUUUUCCUUCUUCACUGUCCUCGAGAGCUUCUUCAACAUCGUCUACUGGUUCCCCUUUUACUUUGUCUUCAAGUUCAUCUUCCUCCUGUGGUUGUCGCUGCCCAUGUUCCGUGGCGCCGACAUCAUCUUCAACUCCUUCAUGGUCCCCACGCUCGGCCGAUACUUCCAGACUGGCUCCACCUCGUCGGGUCUGCGCUCCAAGACCAGCGGCGCCGACAAGGCCGAGUAG